AUCGUACGCUGAGUUUCAGGAAGCAGUAAAUCAGCUGAUCUUUGUUUUUUUUGCUGCGCAACACGCUCCGGAGCCCGAAUAACAACCCGAAAACAAGUGGAGACUCUAGAAAGAAGACAUGUCGGUGACAGUGAAAGCUUAUCUCCUCGGAAAAGAGGACUGUCACAAGGAGAUCCGUCGCUUCGCCAUCGAUCACGACGUGUCCACAAGUUUCGAGUACUUGAGUCGCAAACUGGUCGAUGUUUUCUCAAACCUCCAAAAUGUCGCCUUCCAAACGUACUACAAAGAUGAGGAUGACGAUAUGAUCGCCUUUUCUUCUGAUGAUGAGCUUAUGAUGGGACUGACUAUGGUGAAGGACGCUACCUUCCGCAUUUUCAUCAAGGAAAAAAAGGAGCACAAGCGUGACUUCCCACAUCAUAUGGACCAAGGGUUCCCUGUCCAUCCUCCUCCAGGACCACAUCACAUGGGUCCUCCAGGACACCCUCCUAUGGGUCCACCUCCUCAUCACCUAUCCCUGGUUCACCUUGGUGUGACUUGUGAUGGUUGUGAGGGACAAGUGAUUGGGACCCGCUUCAAGUGCACUGUGUGCCCCAAUUAUGACCUGUGCCUCACCUGCCAGGCCAAGGGCCUUCACAAGGAACAUGCUCUCCUGCCCAUUUUUCACCCCUUGGCUAAUAUGUAUGAGUGGUUACCCCGUGGCAAACUUUUGCGCAAGAUGAGGCACUGCAUGUGGGCUGGGGCUCAGGCUCAGGCUCAUGUGCAGGCUCAGGCUCAAAACCAGGCCCAGCCUGGUUCAUCUGGUGGCCAGCCCAGCUCCCAGCAGGCUAACUCUCAGGAAGCCCAAGCUCAAACUGAAGCCUCAUGUGCCCAGACCAAUGUGGAGUACCUGAAAAACAUUGGAGAAGGUGUGGCUGCCUUGCUAAGCCCCCUUGGCAUUGACGUGGACAUUGAUGUAGAACACGAGGGCAAGAAGGCCAAAGUGACACCAACUCCUCCUGUAUCAAGUGGACCCCCUAGUGGCCGGAGUGAUGGUAGCUCUGGAGGCAUUUCUAAGGGGGCAGCUGGAAGUCCAAGCAGUGUAGGGAGUACAGGUGAUGCGGCAAAGAUGGUUUUGCUGGACCAAAAGGAAAAAAGUAAUGAUGAGGAGUGGACCCAUCUGAGCUCAAAGGAAGUGGACCCAUCUACAGGUGAGCUCCAGUCACUGAGGAUGGAGGUGGAUGGAGCAAAUGAUAACCCUAGUCCUCUCAGCCACAGCUCCACUUUAAACCAAGGACCUAGUGGUCUACGUGAGGCUGCCCUCUAUCCACAUCUGCCUCAAGACGCAGACCCUCGGUUGGUGGAAUCUCUGUCCCAGAUGCUGUCCAUGGGCUUUUCAGAUGAAGGUGGAUGGCUGACCAGGCUGCUCCACACCAAGAAUUACGACAUUGGAGCUGCUCUGGACACCAUCCAGUAUGCCAAAGCCCCAGGUCAACGGAAGUGAAGCAUCAGCAAGGGCUCCAAAAAAUGGGGGUUACAUAUAAUCAUUUUGAAAACCCCAUGCUAGUCCAUUUCUAAUCAUGCCUACCUUUUCUAAAUGUGUAACAAUUUCAUUUCAUAAUGCUGACAAUAUAAAUUACUCAGGCAUUUUUAAUAAUAUAGAUUUCUAUUUUACUCAACUUUAUUAAGAAGAUACAUGGAAAUUAAUCUGGAAAUUAACACAAGUCUACUUUCUGAGUUCAGUCAUGCUGUCAUAUAUUGGGUCUAUCAAUUCACAUUUAGCACAAAAUAAUUUGCAUUUACUUUCCAAACUGGUAAACUUUAAGAAAUGUCUAUAAACAUAUUUCUACUUCUAAAUGAUAUUCAUUGUUCUGUGAAGAAUAACAGUAGAGUAUAUUUGUAGUCAGAAUGAAAAAAAAAUGUUAUUGUUAUAUACACUUUCCUGCCUGGUCUGUCAAAUAAAUUAUUAGCUAAACUCUCA